GGCAGACUCCGACUUCGAAAGCGACAAAAAAUAUCAACCGUGCCUUCCAGAUCUCUUCGACAUCGUGCCCAGAGUCUUCAGGUCUAGUAGCGUUACGACGCAGCAUUUAACACGGUCAUGACUACGCGAGCUUCCGCUUCACCUUCACCUCCGCCCGACACCCCAGUCGCGUCUGCACCGGGACCUCGGGCUACGGCUCUGCAGAAGGUAUUUGCAGGCGCGUUGUCCUCCUCGAUCAAAGCCAAUUCCUAUGCGAACUUCAGCUCAUGCUUCUCUACCCCUGCGAAAUACUGUCCCACGGCAUUAGAGGGUGUAUGGAAACAAUUGAAUACACGGCUCGAAGAGGAGUGCACACGCGACUUUGAGAAGAUCCUGCAAGAACGACAUGUCGUAGAGGGGCUGAAUCAAUGGGACACUAUGAUUGACGAAGCGAGAAGGAGGAAGAACCGUGCUGUAGAAGGCGAAAUGCCUGCCAGACCUCUGCACACACUCUCGGCGGAAGAGCUGUACGAUGCGCGCCUCACACCAUACCUCCGACAAGCCCAGGUGGACAUGAGCUCGAAGCUGCAGUCGACCCAACAAGACAAUGCUGCUACUAUGGCCAGAAUCCAAGAUCAACGCGCCGAGAUUGAACGACUAUUGAGCGGCUUGGAAUGGAUGGUCAAGGAUAUCGAAGGCAGUGUUGAAGCCAUGUACACAAAUGAGCAAAGUGGCUUCGAUGAAUUGAAAAGUGACGUGUGGCAAAUGGAGCAAGAGGUGGCUGCUACAAGAUAGUGCUGGUAUUGAAAUGGGUGUAACGAGGUUAUGACUUGAUUUUAGCAUAGGUGUUGGUGGACUUUGGUUCUUUUGAGUAUGGCACAAUUUGGCUUGCAGGAAUGACAUGCUUGAAGCCAUCCCGUGUCGUGGUUGCCAUCCCUAAAGGCAUCACGUCCAAUAACAGCGUCUCACAGAAAGAGACCAGUUCGCCCAUGAUAGGCUUUCGAGAGUUGCAUGACAUUCGGUAGUCGUCCAGAAAUAGAGAGCAUGCCGUUCAGACUCCAGAG